AUGAUCUCUCCCCCGCAUUUCGUCUUCCUUCUCCUCCAACUCCUCGCUCUCGCCACCUCCGUUCAUGGCCCCGACCCUCUGUUCAACUUCUGCGGGAUUACCGGCAACUUCACCGCCAACAGCACCUACGAGGCCAACCGCAACACCCUCCUCGCCUCUGUCGUCUCCGCUGCAAAAGCCUCUGUCGGUAACGGCUUCUACAACCUCUCUGCCGGCCAGAGCCCCGAUGCCGUCAACGCCAUCGCUCUCUGCCGAGGCGACAUCGGGGCCGCCGAUUGCCUGAGCUGCCUGACCGACUCCGCCGCCCAGAUCGCCCUCCAGUGCCCGGUGCAGAAGGAGGCGUACCUCGUGUACGAAUAUUGCAUGCUUCGGUACUCGAAUCAAUCCAUUUUUGGGGUCAUGGAGGAGCGGCCUCGCUUCUGGAAUCGGUACGCCAACAAUGUCACCAGCAAUGUCGUUCAGUUCAGUCAGGUUUUGACAAAUCUGAUGGAUGGUUUGAGAGACCAAGCUGCUAGUGGCAAUUCGACGAGGAAAUUUGCUGUCAAAAACGCGACGGCUCCAAACUCGACAACUCUGUUUGGCCUUGCGCAGUGCACUCCAGACUUGUCACUGCUACAAUGCAGAGAUUGUUUGCAGAAUGAUAUUACAGAAGUUCUUUCGUGUUGUAAUCAGAAAAUAGGAGGGAGGGUUUAUCGUCCCAGUUGCAAUGUCAGGUUUGACGUAAACCUCUUUUUUGAUCCAUCGGCUUAUGAUCCGCCACCGUCACCACCAUUGGCACCACCAGUUUCUCCUCCGCCUCCUCCAACUCAUAACCCAUCCACUAAAGAAAAGGAUACUAACUCAAGUCGUACUACUCUCAUUAUCGCAAUCCCAGCUGUUGGAUUAUCUCUUUUAAGUGCUGGAAUAUUAUGCAUCUGUUUGAGGUCAAGAAGAUUGAAGAAAAAUUUUGAAACUUUACCUGUAGAUGAAAUCAGAACUGCAGAAUCCCUGCAGUACGACUUGAGUACCAUCAGAGCGGCAACAAAUGACUUCUCUGACGCAAAUAAGUUGGGACAAGGUGGAUUUGGCACAGUUUACAAGGGAACUUUGACCGAUGGAAAAGUUAUAGCAGUAAAAAGGCCGUCUACAGCCAUUGGACAAGGUGAUCAAGAAUUUAAGAAUGAGGUCCUCUUGGUUGCAAGGCUUCAACACCGGAAUUUGGUUAGGCUCUUAGGUUUUUGCCUGGAGGGGAAAGAAAGGCUUCUUAUAUAUGAAUUCGUACCAAACUCAAGCCUGGAUCGCUCUUUAUAUGAUCCUGUUAGGCGUAGGCAGCUGGAUUGGGAAACGCGUCAAAAGAUAAUAGGAGGCAUUGCUCGUGGGCUUCUUUAUCUUCAUGAGGAUUCUCGACUUCGAAUCGUUCAUCGGGAUCUUAAAGCGGGAAAUAUUUUGCUUGACGUAGAUAUGACCCCUAAAAUUUCAGAUUUUGGUACGGCAAGGCUAUUUAUGAUGGAUCAAACUCGAGAUGCCACAAACAGGGUUGUUGGCACUUUUGGGUACAUGGCUCCAGAGUACGCAAUGCAUGGAUUGUUCUCAGUCAAGUCAGAUGUCUUUAGUUUUGGGGUGUUGCUACUGGAGAUUAUUAGUGGUCAAAGAUGUAGCCACUUUUGCAAUGGGGAUACCAUGGAACACUUUCUUAGCUAUGCAUGGAGGAGUUGGGCGGAAGGGACACCCUCAAAUCUCAUAGAUCCAAGUUUGACCAGUGGUUCGAGGACCAAAUUGUUGACGUGCAUUCAUGUUGGAUUGUUGUGUGUUCAAGAAAUUGAGGCUGAUAGGCCAACCAUGGGUGCGGUGGUUUUGAUGCUCAAUAGUUACUCCACCACCUUGCCAGUACCAUCACGACCAGCAUUCACGUUGCACAAUAUUCCUGAAUCUGAUGCAGUGUUGCGAUCCGGAAACAGACUAAUCCAAGAAUCAGUGAAUGAAGCUUCCAUCACCGAGUUGUAUCCUCGAUGA